AUUGCAGACCCUUUUCCUGUUGUCACAGUUUUCCCCUUCCCUCUGGAAACAGGCGCUUUCCGUCCUGCUGAGGAUCCCAAUGCAUUUAAAAAGGGGAUUCGCCUUUCUCUGCCACAGAGUCACGCGAGGUGCAUCUGCAGGAAGGAAGACCUGGGGGGUGCAGUCGCAAUCAGGAAAAUUGGGGAAGCUCCACUUCUGUCUUGGCAAUGGAAGAUUCGGUGAUGGUCCUCAAAGUGGCAGGGGGGUCAGCCAAGGUGGGAAGAAACCCUCAGCUGCUACCAACUGGAAGCACUGGGCGAUUCCCACAAAGCCUGCCACUACUGCAGAAGAAAAUUAAGCAGGAACCAGACGAAGUGGUCCUUCCUUCUUGGGACACCCAGUGGCAGCACUUUCAGCAGGAAACGGUGUCCCCUUGCUCAGGAUGGGGGUCUCCUCAGCCGCCCCAGGAGCCCACCCCGUGGGAUGAUGCCAAGGGCUUCCUGGCCUCCUUUGAGCAAGUGGCCAAAGCCUGCCGAUGGCCGAAAUACGAGUGGGUCGCCCAUCUCUUGCCCGCACUCAGUGGGCAAGCCGAAUGGGCCUUUAGUGGCCUGGAGGCCGGAGAGCAAGAGGAUUACGGGAAAGUAAAGGCGGCCAUCUUGCGGGGAAGUGCCCUGAGCCGAGAGAAGCAGCGCCAACACUUCCGGCGUUUCUGCUAUCAGGAGGCGGAGGGCCCACGGCGGGCUUGCUCCCGUCUUCAGGAGCUUUGCCAACGGUGGCUGAAGGUAGAGAAACACUCCAAGGAGCAGAUUCUGGAGUUGUUGAUCCUGGAGCAGUUCCUGACUAUCUUGCCAGGGGAGAUUCAGAGUUGGGUCAGAGGCUGCGGCCCUGAUACCUGCUCCCAGGCUGUGGCCCUGGCCGAGGAUUUUCUGCAGAAGCAGCAGGAAGCGGAGGAGUGGGAGCGCCAGGCGAGGAGAACUGAUCCUGAUUGCAUCCGUGAGGACAUCAUGCCAUGUGAGGAGGUAGCAGUUGGCUUUUCAGAACAAGGCUUCCAGCCUCCAGAUCAAAGCCAGCUGCAAGAAGAAGCCAAAGGAGAAAGUGAUGGGGACAGGAGUCUCCCAGAGUGCAGACCUGCGGAUGAUCAGAAGGAGAGAAGCUGUUUGCAGGAAGGAGGUGAAGAAAGCGAUCUGUGCUGGAUCCCCCAAAGACAAUUUGCCGAGAACUUUUCCCGUGUCCCCGAGCAGCGGAAACUCUUCCAGAAUCAGACCCAGCCAAAGAUUCAGCCAGGAAUCCAUAUAGGGAGCAAAGCAGCCAUGUCCAUCACUUCGGUCAUCAAUAGGAAGAUCUUGGGCAAACCCCUAUUAUUCCAGAUCCAGAGGUCAAGCAUCCCGUCUGGGCUGCCCUUGAGACAGGAAACAGACGAUAAUAUCCCGGUUCCCGAGAGACCUUACCAUAAGUGUCUGAUCUGCGGGAAGACCUUUGGUCAAAGCUCUCAUCUCAGUUUCCACCAGAGGACCCACGACGUAGAGAAGCCCUACAAGUGCACCCAGUGUGGGAACAGUUUCCACUCACGCCAGGGCCUCAUCUACCACCAACGCAGCCACGCCGGCGAGAAGCCGUACAAAUGCUCCUUCUGCGGGAAAAACUUCAGCCAGAGUUCUCACCUCCUGGUGCAUAAGAGGAGCCACACGGGCGAGAAGCCCUUCAGGUGUCCGACCUGCGGGAAAUGCUUCAGCCGCAACUCCCUUCUGACCAUCCACCAAAGGACCCACACGGGGGAGAAGCCGUACGCCUGCGUGCAGUGCGGCAGCCAGUUCCAUUCAGGCUCGGGGCUGAUUAACCACAAGAGGAUUCACGCGGGAGUGAAACCGUACAAAUGCUUGAAGUGUGGGAGGGAUUUCAUCCGGAAGGCCCACCUCACCCGGCACCAGAGCGUACACAGCGAUGACAAGGACGGCACCCCGAGAACUUGUUUUUGGAGCUCCUUCCAUCCCUGGAUUAAAAUGGAAGAGACCCCGUUCCCUGUCUGGCCAAAAGAAGAAGACCUAGAAGAGGUCAGAGAAGCCCUUGGUGGCCUCCAGAAGGUUGCUGCCCUCAAACCCCGGGGAGAUGAGGAAGGAGGAGGAGGUCCACCAUUGGAGUCAGUGCCUUCUGGGUGUAUUGGACACUAUCCACAAAGGACAACAACAUCCCAUUGGGUGAGAGAAGAAGCAAGAGAAGGGGUGAGGAGACGCUGGGAAGCCCAGUUGCAGGUGUUUCUGAAGAAGAUGGAGUCCCCUUGUUCCACCUGGACAUCCGCACCCUUGGCGGGGGAGACUACCCCGUGGGACAAUGCCAAGGCAUUCUUCGAUUCCUUUGAGCAAGUGGCCAAAGCUUGCCAGUGGCCCAGGGAGGAAUGGGUAGCCAGGCUCUUGCCGGCUCUCAGUGGAAAGACACAACAGGUCUUUGACAGGAUGGUUGCCAAAGAUAAGAUAGAUUACGGGAAAGUGAAAGCAGCCAUCUUGCAAGGGGACGCCCAGCAGAGGGAGAAGCAUCGUCAGCACUUCCGGCAUUUCUGUUACCAGGAGGCGGAGGGACCUACCGCAGCAUACAGUCGGCUCCAAGAUCUUUGUUAUGGGUGGCUGAAAGUGGAGAGACACUCUAAGGAGCAGAUCCUGGAGCUGUUGAUCCUGGAGCAAUUCCUGGCGAUCCUGCCCCCGGAGAUCCAGAGUUGGGUCCGGGAAUGCAGCCCCGAGACUUGCUCCCAAGCGGUGGGCCUAGCCGAAGAGUUCCUUCAGCGUCAACGAGAGGCCAAGGAGCGCUGUGGGAAGCAGGUCAACAUCAAAGAGAACUCCCUGCCUUCCACUGAGACUGGCCAGAUUCCCCAUGAUACGGAGCAGAGGCAGCUGCAUGCCGAAACUCAGCAGGGAGACGUGGGGGGAAUGAAGAAUGAAGACGAGAUGGAACCUUGUGAGAUGACUUCAGAAACCAACCCUAUCGAAGUGCUCAAAGGAAACGUACGGAAGGAGGGCGGAUCAAACAGAUCUGAGGGGAUCCCUCUAGAGAAAAGGAGUGACCUCGCCACUUCCUGCCAGGAGGAAGACGUCCACAAAGUCAUCGUUCCGGGACAAUCAACGGAAGAGAGGAAGAAGCGGCGCCAGGGUGACCCCUGGAGAGAGAAACCCAAGAAGAACCCGAGUUUUGGGAAGACUAUUCAUCAGACCAACAACCUCGCUGAGUGUGGCGUGAAGUCCUACAAAUGCUUAGAAUGUGGGAAAGGUUUUAGUCAAAGCAAUCAACUGACCGCCCACCAGAGGACUCACACGGGGGAGAGGCCGUACGGUUGUCCAAGCUGUGGAAGGACCUUCACUCAGAGCAACAACCUGAUUCAACACCAGAGGAUCCACACGGGGGAGAAGCCCUACCAAUGCUCCGAGUGCGGGAAGAGCUUCCGCCACAGCACUAGCCUGACCUCCCACCAGAGGAUCCACACAGGGGAGAAGCCCUACAAAUGCUCGGAGUGCGGGAAAGGCUUUUGCAACCAGUCGGGCCUCAUUAACCACAAGACCAUCCACACGGGGGAGAAGCCGUACAAAUGCUCGGAGUGCGGGAAGAGUUUCAGCCAGAGCACCCACCUUACCUCGCACCAAAGAAUUCACACCGGCGAGAGACCGUACAAAUGCUCGGACUGUAACAAAACCUUCUGCGAUCAGUCGGGACUCGUUAAACACCAGAGGAUUCACACAGGGCAGAAACCCUAUAAAUGCCUGGCAUGUGGGAAGAGUUUUAGCCAAAGCACCAAUCUUAUUAGACAUCAGAGAAUCCAUACUGGAGAGGAAGCCCACAAAUUAACCUCUCCUUAUAACCCAACGGUUGCGUUCCAGUUUCAAAUGCCCGCCAUUUCUAAGGCUUAAUACAGGUAAUCCUCGACUUAACGACCACAAUUGAGCCCAGAAUUUAUGCCGCUGAGUGAGGGUCACCCCAUU